GAAAUUAUAAAUCAGUUUCUCACAGUCAGCAAUACAAUUUCGUUCGAACAACAUAAGAAUCAUUACCAAAAUUCGUGUGCACUAGUUUUUGUGUUUAAUUUUUUUGAAAAUUUUAUUGCUCAAAAAUGUCGCGCCAUUCAUCUCCGCAAAGGUUCGAGUCCAUGGUUGAAAUUAGUAGUACCAGUUCCCUCGAGACUACGGCUUAUAAUAAGCUAUCGACCAUGCUAGAAAUCGAGCAAAUUGUGAAGAAGACUUUGGAGAAAAUCCAGUUAAUUUCAAAAUGUGGCGGCGCAGACGUGGAUAUUAUCAUGGAUCUAAUAAUGCCCAAGGUCAGACAGCAUUUGAAGUCUUACAACAUGCUCCACGAGGAUGUUACGAGUAUCAGAAGCAAUGUAGAAGCCUAUAUGCAGCACAUCGAAACAGUGGAUCACGAUAUAGCCGACAUAUUUUUGGACUUGCACAAUAUAUACAGAAAGCUUGAGCGCUUCGAUGACUCCAGCAAGCUGUGUCCUGUCAAAAAGGAGGUAUUGCAGAAACGGGUGAAAGAAUCUGAGGACUUGCUCACACGUUCGCGGCACUAUCUGCCCAACGAUCCCAAAGAGCUGAUUUCCGAGCUUAACGACCCUCCAAAGGAGCCCCCUGCUGAUCCAAAGGUGUAAAGGCAAAGUGACUCCGGAGGAGACCCUUGGCAGUAGGCAUUAUAAAAUGGUCAUGCAUCAAGACGAGAAGCGAGCAUUUAACAGUCUGUUUAAUACUCCAACAAAAACCAAAACUAAAAGAUGCAAAGCCAAAGUGAUUCCGGAGGAGGCCUCUGACAGUACUCCCUAUGAAAAAAUUGGCAUGCAUCAGGCCGAGAAGCGAGCAUUUCUAGCCAAUAUGCUGAUGGCCCAGAAGUCUGAGUUUUCCCUCCAUCUAAACCGCUUUAAGGCGUUCUUUUGUGACGCGCAGAGGAUGUUGGACCCGAUCAAGUAUAAUGGAUACAACGUGCCCCAAUAUAAUGGCUGUUUUGACUUUGGUCCCAGUAAAAAUUAUAAUGUGAAAUAAUCGAGGAACUAAUUUAACUAAA